AUGGUGGUCCAGUGGUACUGGCUGUGGAGGUCUGUCAGGAUGUAUUUCCACACCAUAUACCUUGGCAUACGAAGCCGUCGGAGUGGAGAGAAUGACAGGUGGCGCUUUUAUUGGAGAAUGGUGUAUGAGUAUGCAGACGUGAGUAUGCUGCAUUUGCUAGCUACCUUUCUGGAGAGCGCUCCGCAACUUGUCCUGCAGCUCUGCAUUAUAAUUCAGACCCACCACUUACAGGCUCUCCAAGGUCUCACAGCAGCAGCGUCCUUGGUGUCCCUGGCCUGGGCUCUGGCCUCCUAUCAAAAGGCUCUCCGGGACUCCCGUGACGACAAGAAGCCCAUCGGCUACCUAGCCGUCAUCAUUCAGUUCUGCUGGCACUUCUUCACCAUUGCCGCCCGGGUAAUCACCUUCGCACUCUUCGCCUCUGUGUUCCAGCUCUACUUCGGUAUCUUUAUUGUCCUGCACUGGUGCAUCAUGACCUUCUGGAUCGUCCACUGCGAGACAGAGUUUUGCAUCACCAAGUGGGAGGAGAUUGUCUUCGACAUGGUAGUGGGGAUCAUCUACAUCUUCAGCUGGUUCAACGUCAAGGAAGGACGGACCCGCUGCCGUUUGUCCAUCUACUACUUUGUAAUCCUUUUGGAGAACACAGCCUUGAGCGCCCUCUGGUACUUAUACCGGGCUCCUCAGAUCACUGACGCUUUUGCCAUCCCUGCUCUCUGUGUUGUCUUCAGCAGUUUUCUGACUGGAAUAGUCUUCAUGCUCAUGUACUAUGCCUUCUUUCACCCCAAUGGACCCAGGUUUGGGCAGUCGCCAAGCUGCGUACUUGUGGACCCUGCUACCACCUUUACACUGCCCCCCGAGGUUGCGACCAACACCCUGAGGGCAGUUUCACAAAAUCGUGUGCCGGUGAUGGUGCCAGACAGGGAUCCGAAAUACACAGAGAGGGACAGCUGCGCGCCUGUGUUUCAGGUCAGGCCCACCGCCCCCUCCACCCCAUCCUCUCGUGCGCCACGGAUAGAGGAAACUGUUAUUAAAAUAGACCUGUUCAGGAACAGGUAUCCUGCCUGGGAGAGGCACGUGCUGGAUAGAAGUUUACGCAAGGCCAUCCUAACCCUUGAGUGUUCACCCUCUCCCCCCCGGCUGCAGUAUAAAGACGAUGCUCUUGUUCAAGAGCGCCUGGAAUAUGAGACCACACUGUAGCCUUUGGGGAUGUUUGCUUUAAAAAAAGAAAACCUGCUAGAGGAUCCACUUAAGAGUGAUCAGCAGGACUGUGGCAAUACAUUCCUAGCUCUAUCUCUCUAUACAUAGUGUCGAUCCAUGGUGUUGAUUGUCAUGGACUGAAAAUAGGCACGAUUUCAAUUUAACUUGAAGGGUGUAUUGUUGGUUUUUUUUUUAAGUUUUUUUUUUUUUUUUUUUUUAAUU